AUGCUCACCCAAGCUAUCAAACACUCAAUGACUAGCUUUGCUCUUGUUGUUCUGGUAUUGGCUGCAAUUGCAUCAGCACUAUCAGCCCCAGCAUGCCAAACCCUUGCUCCCACUCAACAAGCCCUCGACUUACCAUCAGGCAACCUGACUCUCCACGAUCGUCCCUUCGGUAUCGUAUUCGCCAGCAAUGACCUCGCUUUCUCAGCCAUAGGAGGUGCUUUGGCGGUCCUGAACACCACCGCGCUCGAGCCGACCUUACUACAUCUCCUGCCUUUUCCCCGCGAUUUCUACGACAGUGGCGAUGGUGCUGGUGGCCUUGCCAUCACUCAGGAUAAAUCGACCGUCUACGUGGCCACUGGGCAAGGCGCUGUGGUUUUCGAUGUUGACAAAGCAUCAGCGGGAUUCAACAAUUCCAUCAUCGGUCUACUGAGAGGCACAGUCGGCACGAGCGCGAUUCAUGUCACAUUGUCGGCUAACGAAGAUCUCGCUUUCGUUAGUCAGGAGUAUGGGUCCAAGAAUGCUACAAAAAGUCGAGGAGCCAUUGAGGUCUUCGAACUUCGAAGAUCUGACAAUGGUUCUCUCUCCGGUGAUCAGCUAGGCUACGCCACCCUUGACUAUGCGCUGGUUGGAACUGCUCUUUCUGCAGAUGGUUCACUGCUGUAUGGCUUGAGUGAGCUCACAGUCGAAGCUUUCAAAACCAACACAACUGGCGGAUCUCUAAGCGUUCUCGAUGUCACAACACUGCAGACACAUCCUGCGCACGCUUUAUUGCGAUCCGUACCUGCUGGCUGCGAGCCCGUCCGAGUAGUGCUGUCUCCAGACGGCAAUCAGGUCUGGGUAUCGGCUCGAGCCAGUAACAUGCUCCUGGCCUUCGAUGCAUCCGCCCUGGCCACCAAUGGCACUGCUCAGGAUGCGCUUGUGGCAAGAGUUCAGGUCGGUGACGCCCCCGUUGGGGUCGCCUUGGUCAACAACGGCAGCUAUGUCGUAACAGCAGAUUCCAACAGAUUCAACAAAACAGGAGCGGUUUCAGGGCUUACGUUUGUUGACGUUCAAGCGGCGUUGACUGGAACACAGGCCUUCGCGAGAUUGCCAACCGGUCUGUUUCCAAGAGAGUUUGGGGUCAGCCCUGAUGGGAACAAACUCCUCGUCAGUCAAUACGAUAGCUUCGCUAUCCAGGCAGUGGACGUCUCCCAUCUCGGCAACACAUCCUACAACAGCACCUGGCCCUCAGGACCCAAGCCACUGCCAAGCACUGGAGGGGCAGGGAGAGCUAGAGCAUCGAAUUUAUUGGGGUUGGAUUUGAUCCAUUUCGGUGGAUUUGGACAGCUUUUGACACCCGUCCUACUAGCUGGAGCUUUGCUCGUCGUCUGA